GCAUGGUGUUGUUUGUAGAAAAAGCGCUCGAGCUCGUGAAGGAGCUAAAGCGCUCGCGCGGUUGGCUUCCACCGCUGAAGGAAGAUGCGCUCCGAGACUGCCUGGCCGAUAUGCAGGCGCUCUUCACGGAGAACCAGAACGACGUGGAGACGCACAUGGAGAACCGGCACGCCACGGUGCACGCCCGGCACGUAGCGCUGAGUCAAAUCCGGCGCUGCCUGCUCGCCUAUCUGUACCAGCGGCUGAUGUCGGCCCGCGACAUGCGCUGGGGCUUCGGCACCGCGCUCUCCGCUGAUCUCAGGGAGAACCUCUCCGAGCAAGAGCAACAGUGGCUGCGGCGCUACAACGGCCUGCUCGCCGACUACAUGUCCAGCGUGGGGCUAGACCUCAGCCGCUACCGGAGUCCGCCCAAGUCACUCUACGUGCAGGUGCGGUGCGUCAAGGACUACGGCGACUUCGAGACCGAGGACGGCACGUGCAUCGUGCUGGCACGCGACACCACGCACUUCCUCGAGCGCUCCCAGUGCGAGAAGCUCAUCCACCAGGGAAUCGUUGAGCACGUCACCAGCUGAAAGACCACUUUAUUGGCAGCAAGUAAUAAAAUAAUAAAAUAAAAUAAUAAAAAA